AUGGAAGAUGUAGAAGACUUAAUUGAGGAGAUUGUAUGCAUUUAUAAAAAGAUAAGACAAGGAAGGGAGUACAGAACAUACCAGUUUAAGACGAGCAACUCCUCAAAGGAGGAGGCAAAAAAUGGCCAGCAGAGGGAAGAAGGCUUAAAGGCGUAUAAAACAAGCAUUUUCCCAAAGGAGGAAACAAAGAUAAAAAAUGUGACAGUUGUCCAAGAUGAAGAAGAAAGCAACACCAAGUUAAAAAAUAACGAUGAUGUAAAUAGGAGUGCUAAGAUUGUAAAUUGCUUUGAUUUCAAUAAACACAUCCUUAAAUGUAAGAAAUACCUUUUUUAUUCGGAAAAUGAAGGAUUGAAAGAAUCUGACAAUUUGAUUGUUCCCAGGGAUUUUGAAAAGUUUUUCUGGAUCAACAUCUUCGAUCCAAACAUGGAAGACUUUGGGCAUCUUUCAAAUAUCUUUCAGAUUCACGAAACCACAAUUGCCGAAAUAAGAGAGAAAAACAGCCCCGAGAAGAUUGAUGUUUACAGGAACUACGCUUACAUUUCUCUUAAGAUGUUUGUGAACAAGAAAAGCAGAGAAGACAUCAACUUCAACGUGAUAGUCUUCGACAACUUUAUUGUCACAACUCACAAUAAGCAGUGGCAGGGCGUGAAUAACAUUCUCAACUUCUGCCAUGCUAUUUCAAAGGCUACCAUUCUGAAUCCCAGCUGGGUAUUCAUGUCGAUUAUCAUCGAGUUUCUUCAGGACAUACUGUUCAGUAUGGACGAGAUCGAAAAGCAGACAGACUCUUUUUCUACGAAGCAUAGCGUCAAGGAGCUCCAAUCUAACUUCUUUUAUCUCCAGCAGGUAUUUGUUCUGAAGCAAUAUACCCGGCCGAAGAUUAAAAUUUUGAGAAAGUUUUUACGGACUGAUUUUCCGAAGAGUCCGGUAAAAAAGCUGCUGAAAAUGUGCAUAAAGGACUUCCUGGACAUCAAAUCUCUUCUGGGAGAGGCCAAAAGAUCUUUUGAGAGGAACCAGGACAUGAUUUUGGGGCUGAGAGACAUUGAAUUGGCAGAACAGAGCCAUCAGAUGAAUGUGAUAAUGAAUAGAAUAUCCAAAAUCACUUUUUUAUUUCUUCCGAUUCAGUGCAUUGCAGGUAUUUGGGGAAUGAAUGUCAGGGUUCCUUGGCAAGACGAGGAGUCUACUCGUUAUUUUUGGCUUUUGACACUGUGUGGACCAGUGCUAUGCUUCCUGUACUUUUUUCUGACCGAGAAUCGAAAAAAGUCAAAGAAAUCGGCUGGAGUUAAUCAGAUUUAA